AUGAAGCUUCUGACCGUUCUCUUCCUGGGACUUCUGCCGGUAGCCUACGGCUACAAGUGUGAUAUUUUGGUGAGUUUUAACCUAAAACUUUAUAAUUCAGAUCAGUCUCAUUAGUUGAAAUCUGCAAAAAAAGUUGAAAUCUGCAAAAAAUUCCCCAAUCUGCAAAAAAGCUAAAGUUUAUACUUUAUAAUUUUUCUUAAAUUCAGCCUCCGCUAAAGCCUGGAGGUGCUGGAACUUAUCCAAACUUGCUAGAACGUUAUAUCGUCAUGCCGAAGACGCUUCAAGUCGGCGAUACCAUUAUUAUUACCGGCAAAGUCGGCAACGGCACCGUACCAUUCAAGUUUCGAUUGAUUAUCUUCUCAAUCUCAUUUCUAAAUCUACCAAACAGGCGGUUCACUAUCGACUUCUUCGUCGGAAAAAAUGUUGUUUACUACACUACAGUCAGCACUUUGCACAUUACUGGACAGUACGACUUGAAUUCAACCUUCAUCGGGGAUUAUCAGGUUAAUCACCCAACAAAAAAAGAUGGAAAUUACGCCUAGAAUCUCCUGUAGUAUAACGCCAAAAAAGAGUUCUUUUUUUUUUCCUUCUUAAAUAAAGGAAAGCCGUUUGCAUAAUGAACCUAUGGACCUCUGGAAGGGGGAUGCGAAACUGCAGAAAAGCUGUUCAAUCUUCCAUUCCUUAUAGUCAAGCCAUCCCGACCAAACUCUCACAAAGACCUUCAAUGAUAUCACACUAAAUUCAAUUCGCUACAACUUGAAUCAAUCUGACGUGUCUGUGCCCUCUUGACUCUGACAAAGUCAUUAAAAAAGCCAUCAGCUUCAUCGUAACAGAAGUCUCUUUUCUCUAUAAUUUUAAUUCCAGCCGAAUCCGCAACACAAAUUCCGAAGUGAUAAAGCAUUUCCCCUUUUGUUCACCGACGAGCCAACCACUCUCCGAAUCACGUUAGUCCACGUUUGGCUCCGAAACUGAGGUUUUUCUUUCAGAGUCGAAGCAGACGGAUACACAGUUUACAAGGACAAAGUUUUCCUUCACAAGUUGAAAUACUUGAAGGAAAACUAUAGCACCGUGCAGACGAUUUACUUGCAGAACCUCGAUUUCCAAACUGAAUGGUGACUUUUUUAUUUUCUACCGUUUUUAAAAUGAUUUUCUGAAGUUCAAUCGAUUGUAAAGAGGAUAAAGUGUGCCCAGCAGCAGAAAGUGGAAAAAGGACCAUUAUUAUUGGCAACAGGGUGGUCCGAUACGUCGGUAUGUUUUUGAUAAACUAUUAUUUUUUUCGGAAAUAAUCAAUCUUGAAAAAUUAAAAUUUGCAGAUGGAAUAUGCCCCGAAUGA